CACCGCGAUAUAUACGGCGUUUCAUAGCUUAAAUUUUUGUGAUUUUCCGAACUGCAGAUUGAUUAGAGUAUCUUUUGUGGUUACGUGCUGCGAGGAUCUAGAGGUUGAUACCAGUAUGGCGGCUGCUGCUGCAAAACCUACCAAGAAUCAGCUGAGGCGGGCCAGAAAGAAGGCUAAGAAGGCUGAGGCCCAAUCACAGACCAAUGGGGAUGUCUCAGCUACUGUCACUCCGUCAGAACAGGAGGUAACAGAGUCCGAAACCAAAAAGACGGGUGCAGAACCAGACACCAAACAGAAUGUACCCCAACCCGAGAAACGAGCGGAUGCCGAUGGAGAUGUAGACUAUUCCUCGACGGAAUUUGCACCCCAACUCGACCAGGAGGAUCCGUUAUUUGAGAUGUAUAAAGAUGUGAUGGGAAGGUUCAAUCAGGAUGAAGUCGAAGAAGCUUCAUCGAAGCAGCUAGACAAGCCGGAAGUAUACUUUGAAGACGAUGACAUUCCUGAUGAAGAUGAAGAAAACUCGACACCGAAGAUCUCGAAGAAGAAACGAAAGGAGCUCAAUAAGUUGUCGGUAGCGGAGUUAAAGGCACUGGUUCAGAGACCGGAGACUGUGGAGUGGACAGAUGCUUCGGCUACAGAUCCAAGACUCCUCGUUCAUAUCAAGGAAUAUCGAAAUGUGGUUCCUGUUCCAAGUCAUUGGUCCUUGAAGCGGGAGUACCUGUCGUCGAAAAGAGGUAUAGAGAAACCACCUUUCCAACUUCCCAAGUUCAUUCAGGAAACCGGUAUUGCGGAAAUGCGCGAUGCAGUUUUGGAGAAGCAGGAUCAACAGACUCUCAAACAGAAACAGCGCGAACGUGUGCAACCUAAAAUGGGAAAGCUUGAUAUUGACUACCAGAAGUUAUACGAAGCAUUCUUCAGAUUCCAGACGAAGCCGGAGCUGACUCGAUACGGAGAGGUUUACUACGAGGGAAAGGAGUAUGAAACUAAUCUGCGGCAUCUACGACCAGGUGAGCUCAGUGAUGAACUGAAAGAAGCUCUAAAUAUUCCUCCUGGCGCACCCCCACCAUGGCUCAUAAAUCAACAGCGUUAUGGUCCUCCUCCUUCGUACCCUGCUCUUAAGAUUCCCGGACUUAACGCUCCACCUCCACCGGGUGCGAUGUGGGGAUAUCAUCCAGGCGGUUAUGGAAAACCCCCCGUCGAUGAACAUAACCGUCCAUUGUAUGGCGGUGAUAUUUUUGGCGUUUUGCAGACCCAGCAGAAUGUGCAGCAAGGAGAGCCAGUUGAGAAAGACUUAUGGGGUGAGUUGCAAGCCCCAGAAGAAGAGUCGGAAGAGGAAGAAGAGGAGGAGGAGGAAGAAGAGGAAGAAGAGGAAGAAGUUGGUGCAAGCUUGCAGACUCCAAGCGGAUUGGAAACGCCCAGCGGCAUGGUAUCGGCUGUACCGUCUGAAUUCGGUACUGCUGAAAGCAUUGCUGGAGAGUUCGAUGUUCGAAAGCAUCAUCGCGGAACGGAGACGGAAGAGACAACCCACCCCAGGUCGGCUUAUCAAGUUAUCCCUGAAAGACAAGCUCAGGUCCAGGGCUUCUUCGGUGGUGAUCGAGUUUACGACCUUAAGGCGGCGGAGUCCAACAUUCCCCUACUUGGUGCCGAAGAGCAGAACCGGAAGCGAAAGAAACCAGGCGACGUGGACGUGUCUCUGGACCCAGACGCUUUGCAGACACAUGAUGGCAUCAGCAAGGAUAAUUUGAAGAGCCUCUACGAGUCCCAAAGGCAGCAGGAGAAUAAUCCCAACUGGUCAUUCCAGGAGGAUCUAAGCGAUAUGAUAGCCAGUGAGAGCCGCAAGAGAUUAAAGAAAGAUGAAGAAAGACGUUCUAGGCGGUAG